CCGUGGCUCGCGGAGCUUCGUAGGGGCGGGGAUCGACGGCUGAACGUGUCCGAGAAAAAUAAGGCGAGAGUUUUGGAGAAAAAUAAACGUGGAAAAGCAUCGAGUUGAAGAUUAAACGUCUGUUUUCUUGGAUUAACGCGGUGAAAGAUGGGGAACUGCCACACCGUCGGACCCAACGAGGCGCUCGUGGUUUCAGGUGGCUGCUGUGGAUCAGACCAGAAGACCUAUGUGGUGGGGGGCUGGGCCUGGGCCUGGUGGCUCAUCUCUGACAUCCAGAGAAUGUCUCUGGAGGUUAUGACCAUCCUCUGUCGCUGUGAGAAUAUCGAAACCUCGGAGGGUGUCCCCCUGGAUGUGACAGGGGUGGCUCAGGUGAAGGUGAUGACAGAGAAUGAGCUUCUGGGUUAUGCCUGUGAACAGUUCCUGGGGAAGUCUGUGAUGGAGAUAAAGAGUGUGAUCCUACAGACACUGGAGGGACACCUACGUGCCAUCCUGGGAACUCUAACUGUGGAGCAGAUUUACCAGGACAGAGAUAAGUUUGCAACUCUUGUGCGGGAGGUGGCAGCACCGGACGUUGGCCGCAUGGGCAUCGAGAUCCUCAGCUUCACCAUCAAGGACGUCUAUGAUAAAGUGGAAUAUCUGAGCUCACUGGGAAAAACUCAGACGGCUGCAGUUCAGAGAGAUGCCGACAUUGGAGUGGCCGAGGCCGAGAGAGACGCCGGCAUCAGGGAAGCUGAGUGUAAGAAGGAGAUGAUGGAUGUCAAGUUCCUCGCUGACACCAAAAUGGCAGACUCCAAACGGGAGCUGGAAAUGCAGAAGGCGUCGUUCAACCAGGAGGUCAACACUAAGAAAGCAGAGGCCCAGCUGGCGUACGAGCUGCAGGCAGCCAAAGAGCAGCAGAAGAUCCGUCUGGAGGAGAUCGAGAUCGAAGUGGUUCAGAGGAAGAAGCAGAUCACCAUCGAAGAGAAGGAAAUCGACCGCACAGACAAAGAGCUCAUCGCCACCGUGAAGAGGCCAGCCGAGGCUGAGGCCUACAAGAUGCAACAGCUGGCAGAGGGACAGAAGAUGAAGAAGGUUCUGACAGCUCAGGCCGAGGCCGAGAAGAUCCGCUGUGUUGGAGAAGCCGAAGCCGCCUCCAUUGAAGCAGUGGGAAAAGCUGAAGCUGAGAAGAUGAGGCUUAAGGCUGAAGCCUAUCAACAGUAUGGAGAGGCCGCUAAGACCGCCCUGGUCCUGGAGGCCCUGCCCAAGAUCGCUGGUAAAGUUGCCGCCCCUCUGGCAAAGACCAAUGAGAUCGUCAUCCUGAGCGGCGAUGGCAGCCGUGUGACUGGCGAGGUGAACCGUCUGUUAGCUGAGCUCCCGGUGUCGGUCAACGCUCUGACCGGGGUCGACCUGACCAAGAUCCCGCUGCUCCAGAAGAUGACGACCCCCCAGUGCCAAACCUUCAUCUGAUGACCCGCUGACGUCGUCCAACAUGAACCUGCCUCAGCAUGAACCUGACCUCUGACCCCUUAUGCAACCACCUCCACCACAGAAACACCAAACAGGACCCAGUUUUUAUAUUUUGAAGAGGUUUUUAGUUUUGUACAGGAUCAACACUUGGGCCUUUCCUCCUAAAGGACCAGAGCUUAGUCUGACCCACAUGUAUGCAGAACGCAUUAGAACCCACUUUCAACCACACAAGAACCACAGUGACGUGUCCUGGGAUACAACGCUCACCUGAGACAACAGAACCAGAAUCAUAAACCAGACCCAGACCCAUAAACCAGAACCAUAAACCAGAUAGAUUAUUUUCUAGACUGGAUCAUAAAUGUCUAACCCUCACAUCCACAGAUUUAGAACCAGAACCAUACAGUGAAAACACAGAAUCAAUGCAACCGUUUAUGAUGGUUUUACCAUCGUCAGAUGAACUGGAUCAGGGGUGUGACACGUGUGGCCCGCGGGCCAAAUCCCCCCAAAUGGUCCAACCCGGGUCACAAGAUGAAUCUGUGCAAAACAGUGACAGAGGUCAUUAAACCUGAAGGUAUUGGACUCAUUGGAGUUCAAACCUGAUGUGAUCUACAGUCAAACAAGAACCUAUAAACACACAUGUUCUAUGGUUUCAUGUGGAAAAAGUCAAAUUACAUUAUGAAAAUAUUUAUGUUUUUCACAAUCACGUGAAUAACAUGAACAAAUAUGAACAAACAGAAAUUUCCAAAGAAAAAUCCAUGUGAUUUCACCAACAUAAAAACUGUUACUGUGGUUUUGUUUUUGUAGACUGGGUUCAGAAUAAGACGAGAUGUAAUAUUGUUGAAAUUGCACUUAGUUUUCUGAAGAAAUAUGUUAUAUAUUAUAAUAUAUAAAUGUACAUGUUAGUUUAGGUUAUUCAUGUUUGACUUGUUUUUGACUCUAAAACAGUUCUUAUUAGUGGUUAAUUGGCUCUUAUUUGACUUUAGAUCAUAUUGGUUUGAAUGUUGAACUUAAAUGAGUUGGACGUCCCUGAAUUUGACGUUUGGAAAGAAACAUUUUUAAAGAAUCAGGGUUUGAUUUUAUCUGCACGUCAGUAAAAAUUAAAUGAUAAUACACAGAUUCAUUUAGACAAACAGGCUCAUUUAUAUUAAAACAUUGUAUAUAUUUGAAUACUUUAGAAAUAACUCUUUUUAUUUCUUCUGCUUUUUUAAAUGUUUAAAUCAGAAUCAUUUAGUGACUCCAAUAGAUGUUUAGAUUUUAUCUGAAGAUGAUGGCAAAUGUAUGUUCUCUGUUGCGAUAACAGCUGGUUGGAAACCGACAGCACACACUGAGCUGGAAACAAACUUUCUUCUGAUGUAGAUACUUAGGUAUUGGGAGGAAUAACACAGACUAGCGCCCCCCAUUUAGGCCUCAGCACCCCCAUGCUCAGCUUUCUCCUUCCAAAUGCCCCCCGAUGUUGUCCCAACGCCCCCUGGGGGGCGUUUAGAAACACUAGUUUAGACAAUUGAAAAAUAAAAGUGUAAAAAAUGUUGCAUCAGAUAAAUGAACCCGUUCAGACAUAUUUAAUUUACCUACGACAACAACAGCACUUGAACACAACACAAACCCAACAGCACCUGAAAGCAGCAUUUAUCUGAGUCUAAUCUGGUGUCGUCGCAGGUGAGCGUUGUGUCCCAGAACCGUCCCACGUCCACACUUUAAGCUCCCUGUCUUCGUCCUGACGUCCUCCACCUCUGUGUGAACCUGCCGCCUGUUUCAUGUCAUGUACGUACUUUAUCAUCAUCUCAGAGAAAUCACUCAUCCUCCCUUGCUGCGGCGCCACCUUCCGGUGCUCGACUGAGACCCAUUUCCUUCCGUUUCUGUUGUCUGUUUCUCCUUCUGAUGUGCAGUGCCUGGUCACCACUCAAGUGCCCAAACCUUGGGACGGCGGUUUGGUUUGACGUCAGGUCCGUUGAUGCCGGUGCUCCGUUUUUCCGGUGCUCCAGUGUCUUGUUGUUGCGGACAGUGCCGUUCUCUUCUUAUUCCACUAGUGUAAGACUCAGCCUUAACAGACAUGUUUGUCUUUUACCUCAAACUGCGACGGUAGAAACCCAGGGUCGAAGCUUUAAGCCCCUCACUUGUCCUCUGCUUCAGUUUCCUCUUUGUACAUAUUUUUUUACCUGUAAAAACGUCACUCACACUAAAGGUUUUGCGUCUGGAUGCACGCGGAGGUGGACAGGAAGGAAGCCACUGAAACGAGGCAGGUUUAUUUGUAUUUUAGGGUCAGUUCAGCUUCAACACCUCUAGACUGAAGCAGGUGAAACCCUGAAGCGCUGCCUCCAUGGAACCAGGUCCAGAGCCAUAGAGGGAGAGAGUUGCGACACGCUUUGAUGCGGCCGCUACAGUGAUCAAAUGGUCUAUGUAAGCCGCAAUAGUUCCACACAAACAGUGUGUUGUCCUGUUCUUCUAUGGGACAGACAGCAGUGAGUGGGUUAAUGCAGGAAAAUACACAAAUAAAACACACACUAAUCUGUUUACAACUGUUGUGUUUCUACUGUAAGUGUGUUAGUGUCAGUUGUGUUUUUGAGUCGUGGGGUUGAAACCUCUGAAAGGACUGAGUUUAGUUCUGCCAUAGGUUUAUAUUUGACACAGACUGAUCCAUCUGACUUCAUAACUACAGCAGUAGGUUUUAAGAAACAAAAAAAGGACAAAUCAAACUAGUGACAGGCAUCACAUGAAACCCUUAGGAAUUUGUAAUAAAUGACAAAUGGAAUCAAAUCAGUGUCAAAGUGGACCCGUAUUUGGACCACAGUAAAUGACACUAAUGAUCACAUGACCUCAGCUGACAAACUGAACCCAACACCAGCAGGUUCAAUAGAACAACUCCAAUCCAACUCACAGAAUCACAUUUGGACUAACGGUACCUUCCCUUAGAACCUCCAUCAUUCUAGUUCUAGUGGUUCCAUGUGAACAGCUUGACCAGUCCAACUAUCGAACUAUAGGGCUACAGCUGAAAAUCCAACAGAACAGUUGGAUCAGAUAGAAAUAGAUCUAAACACUAACACAGACUAAAGAAAACAGAAUUUACAACAGAAAUGUCACUAAUACAGGAAAUACACUGGAUCAGUGGAAAGAUGACCAUAUCUGAUCAACUUAGAGCUGGAGUUGGUAGAUCAGCACAAAUACUAAUGAAUGUGUUCAGUCGGUACCAUACUCAAUGUUUGGAACUAUUGGCCCCGCCUCCAGAACCAGGAAGUAGGUCCAUAUUUCAUCUGUCAUUUGUUACAAUGGGAGUCUAUGGAAGUGUCGUAACUCUGUUUUCUCUACCGCUCUGGUCCAGAGGCGUGUGCUGACCUUUGACCUCCAGUGUGUGUGUAUGUGUGUUGUCCAUUCGGUCCCCGUUUGUGUGUUAAACUAACCCGACUGUUACGAUUCCCUCCACGGUCCAGCCGUAGAUGUUGAAAUGCUGUUACCAGCUGAUGGAAAAGUUCUGACCCACCUCUGCACCGAGGCCAGUGUUCUCCCUGAGCUCCAGUUCGGAACCGUUCAGUUGAAGGUUUUCUUCGCUGUCGUCGGCAGGUUUCGGUUCUGACUAAAUAAAUGCACUAACUAAUGUCCACACAUUCAGCUGGUUUAGUUUAGGAGAAACGCUGCAGAGCCGUCGAUGUUAAAUGUUCACGCUUUGUAUUAAAUCAGGGGAGUCAAACAUGCGGCCCGUGGACCAAAACCAGCCGCUAAAGGGUCCAAUCCUUCCCACAGGAUGAAAAAUGAUACUGAGCAUAUUAACAAUCAUUAGUCUCUUUUCCAUCGAUCCUUAAACUGUGUGAAUUUAACUUGUUCAUAUAAAUUUGAC